GGACCAGAUUUCUCAACACUAAAGGAGAGGCACGAGGGAAGAAACCCUGAUCCCAGUCCCAGAACAGGGGCGGCCCCAGGGAGGAGGAAGGAAGAUCUCCUAUGGCUUACCAUAAAGAAGGCCAGGCACCCAACUGCAGGCCGCUGGACUCGUGCCCGAGGCCAUGAAGCUGGGACUCACCUUGGUGUUGCUCUCUCUGUUGGCAGGUCACUGUGGAGCUGACACCCGUGCCGUGGGAGCCCGGGAAUGCCAGCGCAACUCUCAGCCCUGGCAGGCUGGCCUCUUCUACCUCACCCAGCAGAUCUGCGGAGCCACGCUCAUCAGUGACCGAUGGCUGCUCACAGCUGCUCAUUGCCACAAGCCGUACCUGUGGGUCCGUCUCGGGGAGCAUCACCUGUGGCGGUGGGAGGGCCCCGAGAAGCUGUUUCUGGCCACAGACUUCUUCCCCCAUCCCGGGUUCAAUUCGGAUCUCUCUGCCAAUGACCACAAUGAUGAUAUUAUGCUGAUCCGGCUACCUAAGAAGGUCCAGUUGAAUGCAGCUGUGCAGCCGCUCAACCUCAGCCAGAGCCUGCCGGCCGUGGGCUCCCAAUGCCUUAUCUCUGGCUGGGGCAGUGUGUCCAGCUCCAAAUUACAGUACCCAAUGACGCUGCAGUGUGCCAACAUCAGCAUCCUGGACCACAAGCUCUGUCGCUGGGCAUACCCAGGACACAUCAACGAGAAGAUGCUGUGUGCUGGCCUGUGGGAGGGUGGCCGGGGCUCCUGCCAGGGUGACUCCGGGGGACCUCUGGUGUGCAACAGAACCCUGGCAGGGAUAGUGUCUGGGGGAUCUGAGCCUUGUUCCAGACCCCAGAGACCGGCUGUCUACACCAGCGUAUCCCACUAUGUGGACUGGGUUGAAAGAACCAUGGAAGAAAACUGAGUCCCCGCUAAGGACAGACUGGAGAGGAAGAUGCUGCAGAACGAGAAGAUACUGCAGGGCUCCACAGCCCUGGCUUCCUUCGUCCUAAGACCUCCAGCCCCUGUGUCUCAGUCCUGGACGAUGAAACUUCGCCCCCUCAGGCUCUGCCCCUCAGACUUCACUCCUGAGGCUCUGCCUCAAGACUCCACCCACUUAGGUCAUCUACCCAAUUGGGUUCUGCUCCCAGGCAAAUUCGUUAUACUAAGACCACGCUCCUUCAGACCCAACUGAGACACUCCUUAGCUCCUGGCAUGAUUUUAAUCACCACCCUCCGGUGUAGCCCAACCCUCAGGAUCACCGCCAAGAAAAUAUCUUUCACGAAACAGCUGCAUCCCUCCAAAUUUCAUCCAAUGGGAUUUCUUCCCUGUACUCCAUCCCGUCUGUCCCCACUCCUAGUUAUCUCAGAGCUGCGUUUCCAGCGCCCAUGUGGACUUCCGCUGUGUCGUGGCUUUGACUCUUGAGAGAGGACGAAGGGGGGCAUUGAUUGAUCUUACC